AUGCCUUUUGGAUUGUGCAAUGCUCCAGCUACAUUCCAAAGGUGUAUGAUGUCCAUAUUCACAGAUCUCAUAGAAGAGAUUAUGGAGGUUUUCAUGGAUGAUUUCUCAGUAUAUGGUUCUUCCUUUGAAUCAUGUUUGGGGAAUCUUGGAAGAGUGCUACAGAGAUGUGAAGACAAGCACCUAGUUCUAAAUUGGGAGAAGUGCCACUUUAUGGUUAGAGAUGGAAUAGUGCUUGGACAUAGAAUCUCAGAAAGAGGCAUAGAAGUUGACAAGGCCAAGAUUGAAGUAAUGACAAACCUUCAGCCGCCCAAGACAGUAAAGAUAUCAGAAGCUUCUAGGACAUGCUGGGUUCUACCAGAAUUCUAA